UGUCAUCGUCGAAUCGAACGUACAUAUAAUAAAACGCGUUGAGUGUGUGCGAAGUAAAGCGAAGUUUGUUUUGUUUCCAGCCAGUGUUGUUCGCCAUGUCGCGAUUUGUGGCCGGUUUUAUAACAAUCCUCUAUGUCUGCGCGGUCUCAGGACAGCAGCAGAGAGGUCCACCAAACGACAGCAGCAUCAGAGUCGGGUCUGUCACUGGUGGCAGCUACCCUGAUGGUGCCUUCAGUAUUAACUAUGGAGACGGAAAGGGACCGCUAGUUCCCUCUUCAGCGAACGUGCCUCAGAGAGAGGAGGACCUCAAAAGGCUGAAAGCGACCAACGACAGCAUUGCAGUCGGCGUAGUCUCUGGUGCUAACUUCGGAGACGGAGCCUUCAGCGUCAACCGCGAUGACAAUAAACCGGCACCAAAUAAUGGUGCAGCUGGAUACGACAGACCAAAUAAUGGAUACGACAGACCAAAUAAUGAAUACGACAGACCAAAUAAUGGAUACGACAGACCAAAUAAUGGAUAUGACAACUCAAAUAAUGGUCAAGGUUUUGCCUACGAUAACAACCAUUUAGGUGAUAACCAGAAUCCUCCGUACUACGGAAAUAAAUACGAUAGGCGAACAACUGAAGCUCCGGCAGCGAACUCUGGGACAGCUAAAAAAGGGUUCUUUUCAACUGUCGGUAGUUACUUAUCGAAAUGGUUUUUCUUUUAAAUACUUUGUUUUUUUAACAUGUUUACUUUUAUAAAUAUAUUUAGUAACAAAUUGUGAUGUUUGUUUUAUGUUUUAUAAUGACUGAGUUAAAAAUUAAAUGUGUUUUCGUUAAUGGGGGUAGAUUUUUGGAGUAUUGGAAAUACUGUGGAUUACUACUUUAAGAAUACGAUUUUUGUAAAGAGGACUCUUUUGCAAAAAUGUGAACUGCUUUUUGCAUUUGUUUUUGGCUGUGGAAAGAAGACAAAAUUUCCUUGACAAAGUUCAAUCAUGACAUUAUUUUUGAUUAUCGUAAGGGACGUACGUAGUAAUCAUAUUUUUUUUAUUAUUAGAUUUUACAAACUUAUUUAUAAUUUUAUAAAUUAAAUAAAUGCUUUUCUAUGUAA